CUCCAGACACCGUAUAUAAGGCGCAGCAACAGCCGGAUUGGACUCAGAGUGAAACAUAGGUUCCAUCUAGCAUCAACAUGUUCCUGACAAAGACCCUCGGGUGCAUCGCCUUCCUGGCGAUCGCCAGCGCCCAGUUCAACACCAACUACGUUGGUGGCCGCAGCGGCAUGGUCCACCUCUUCGAGUGGAAGUGGGACGACAUCGCCGCCGAGUGCGAGAACUUCCUGGGCCCCCAGGGCUACGCCGGUCUUCAGGUGUCGCCCGUCAACGAGAACGCCGUGAAGAGUGGGCGUCCGUGGUGGGAGCGCUACCAGCCCAUCUCCUACAAGCUGACCACCCGUUCCGGCAACGAGGAGCAGUUCGCCAGCAUGGUCAGGCGCUGCAACAACGCCGGAGUGCGCACCUACGUGGACGUCAUCUUCAACCACAUGGCAGCCGAUGGCGGCACCUACGGCACAGCCGGCAGCACCGCCAGCCCCAGCUCCAAGAGCUACCCCGCAGUGCCCUACUCCUCCCUGGACUUCAACCCCACCUGCGCCAUCACCAACUACAACGACGCCAACCAGGUGCGCAACUGCGAGCUGGUCGGCCUGCGUGACCUCAACCAGGGCAACUCGUACGUCCAGGAGAAGGUUUCCGAUUUCCUGAACCACUUGAUCGAUCUGGGUGUGGCCGGAUUCCGCGUGGACGCUGCCAAGCACAUGUGGCCCGCAGAUCUGGGCGUCAUCUAUGGCCGCCUCAAGAACCUGAACACCGAUCACGGCUUCGCGUCCGGAUCCAGGCCCUACAUCGUCCAGGAGGUCAUCGACAUGGGUGGCGAGGCCAUCAGCAAAACCGAGUACACUGGCCUGGGCGCCAUCACCGAGUUCCGCCACUCCGACUCCAUCGGCAAGAUCUUCCGCGGCAAGGAAAAGCUGACCUACAUGUCCAACUGGGGCACCGGCUGGGGCUUCGCUGCCUCCGAUCGCUCGCUCGUCUUCGUCGACAACCACGACAACCAGCGCGGACACGGUGCAGGUGGUGCUGAUGUGCUCACCUACAAGGUGCCCAAGCAGUACAAGAUGGCCUCCGCCUUCAUGCUGGCCCAUCCCUUCGGCACUCCCCGUGUGAUGUCCUCCUUCUCCUUCACCGACACCGACCAGGGCCCACCCACCACCGACGGACAGAACAUUGCCUCUCCCACCUUCAACAGCGACAAGUCCUGCGGCGGCGGAUGGGUGUGCGAGCACCGCUGGCGCCAGAUCUACAACAUGGUGGCCUUCAGGAACGCCGCCGGCGAUGCCGAUCUCCAGAACUGGUGGUCCAACGGAAGCAACCAGAUCUCCUUCAGCCGUGGAAACAGGGCCUUCGUGGCCUUCAACAACGACAACUACGACCUCAACAGCUCCCUGCAGACCGGCCUGCCCGCCGGCACCUACUGCGACGUCAUCUCCGGCGAGAAGAGCGGCUCCUCCUGCACCGGCAAGACCGUCACCGUUGGCUCCGAUGGACGCGCCAGCAUCUCCAUUAGCAGCUCCGCUGACGAUGGUGUCCUGGCCAUUCACGUCAACGCCAUGUUGUAAGGGACUCAACAUGUGAGACCCCAGCAAUCAAUCGAGAUUAUUACUAUUAAAUACACAAUGAGAGCAUAGCAAAA